AUGGAGGACCUCCUCGGCGACCAGUCGCUGCCGGGACUGGUGCCUCAUGACCUGGAGGAACAGUUGCACCUUGCGUGCGACGACGGCGAGCCUCGGUCCUUCGCAGAGGCCGAGAGACACGCGGCAUGGCGCGCUGCGAUGAAGGCAGAAUUGGAUGCAGUUAAGGAGAACCGCACCUGGAACUUGCUGACCUCCCUCAUGGAAGGCUGGCGCGUCCAUCACAUGGACGUCAAGUUGGCGUUCCUCAACGACGACUUGAAGGAGGAGGUUUACGUGCACCAGCAGUCGGGUUUUGCGAUCCCCGGCAAGGAGGGCAAGGUGCUACGCCUGCGCAACGCUUUGUACGGCUUGUGGCAGGCACCGAGGGCGUGGAAUGCCAAGUUGGAUUCCACGCUCAAGACGAUGGGCUUCGAGCCAAGCCCGCACGAGGCUGCUAUCUACCAGCGGGGAAAUGGAGAAAAUACCCUGCUGGUGGGUGUUUAUGUUGAUGACUUGGUGAUCACCGCCACCAAGGAUACGGAGGUGGCAGCGUUCAAGGAAGACAUGAAGGCCACUUUCCAGAUGUGUGACGUGGGGCCCCUCUCCUUCUAUCUGGGGAUCGAGGUGCACCAAGAUGACUCCGGGAUCACACUUCGCCAGCGUGCCUACGCCAAGCACGUCGUUGACCUAGCUGGGCUCAACGAUUGCAACCCAGCCCUCACCCCGAUGGAGGAGAGGCUGAAGCUGAGCCGGGACAGCACGGCGGAGGAGGUGGACGCUACGCACUACCGGCGUCUUGUGGGGAGCCUUCGCUAUCUCACCCACACAUGGCCGGACUUGGCGUUCUCCGUCGGCUACGUUAGUCGGUUCAUGCAGCGACCGACGACGGAGCACCAGCAGGCUGUGAAGAGGAUCAUCCGCUACUUUACGGGGACUCUCGACCACGGCCUCUACUACCCGAGGUGCCCUGGAAAGGCACAGUUCAUUGGGUACACCGACAGCGACCACGCCGGCGACAUCGACACUAGCAAGAGCACGAGCGGGAUUCUCUUCUUCCUCGGCAAGUGCCUCGUUAGCUGGCAGUCGGUCAAGCAGCAGGUGGUGGCCCUAUCCAACUGCGAGGCCGAGUACAUAGCGGCCUCCACUGCUUUGACCUAG